GUCCUGCUGCAGGGGUGAGGUGAGAGAGGCAUCUGGAGCAGCCAGCCUGUCCCACAGUUAGCUCCGCCCCUGGGUGAGAAGAGCUAAGAGAUUUCUCUCAGUGAAGGUUUCUUCCUCUCUUGCCUCUGCCUUCUGGAUGUUUCGUCCGCAGCCGAGGAAGCCCGAGCAAGCCUGGAGGGAGGCAGCCUGUGAUGGGAGCCCGCCCAGAGGCCCCCCGCCGGUGCUGGGCCCCCUGGCUCCUGGGAUUCACCAGCCUCCUCCUCAGCGCCUUCAGCACUGUGGUCAGGAGCCCUGGGGCCCGUGGGUCUGACGUGGAGGAUUCUGGAAGCCGAGUUUCCCUGAAGGGGAUUCAAGGAGGUUCUGUGGUGUUUCAUGUGAUCAGAUGUCCAGACGUCCCUCCUGAAGCCGAGCUGGAGAAGGUCUCUUGGGCUUUUAAAAACAAGACAAACUACGUGGUCCUCCUGCGCGUCUCUCCCGGAGUAGAUGGUCCAGAAUGGGUCAACUCCCGGGACAAGUUGGAGAAGAGGGUCCAUGUGCUCAACACCAUGACCCUGAGGAUGGACAAGCUGACCCUGGAGGACAGUGGGUGGUACCGGGCUCGAUCCUCCUUCACCGCAGGGAUAGAAAGUUCCCAGGAUUUCCACCUCAGUGUGUACGUGUCCAGGAAGGACCUGCUCCCUGGGGCCCUGAGGGCGGGGCUGGGAGACCAGGCUGCGCGCAGCCGCCACUGCAGCGCCUUCCACCAGGGGGCGCUGCCGGCACAGCUUUGGCCACAGGCCCUGCACCUGCUGAGGCUGAAGCUCAGGCCCCAGUCCCAGAGCCCUGCUCUGGGCGCCUCAGGCCAGCCAAGAAUAAGGCAUUGA